AUGCUGCCCAAUUCGCCGACGGGUGUUCACGCCAGGCAGAGGCAACACCGCCGCCAGAAUUCGACACCCUCUGCUCUCGAAGGCGUGAAUAUCUCGCCGCUGUCAAACGCCAACAACAGACGACAAGCCGCUGCCCACCGGCGCGGCCUCAGUCUCGACAUGAGACGACACCAGACGACACCACAGACAGCACGGCAGGACUUCAACCAGCAUCAUGUUCUGCCAGAAGCGCAGCAGCAACGCACCCAAGCACGCCCGGGCCCCAACCAGAUGCAGUACGCAUCCAUGGUAUCAAAUAGCAAUGAGAGUUUCUUGAUCUCGCCACAUGGUACUCCUCAGACCCAGAGGUUCGCUCCGUCGUCAUGUUUUGACACAAAUGCUGGCCGCUUCUCGUACCCGGCUCACGUCGACAUGAUGAUGCGGAAGAACCAAGAGAAUUACUACAACAACAUGGCCGAGAGCGCAAGUUUUGACCUCUUCUCCAAUAACAGCGCCCUCUCAACUCCCACCUUUAUCAACUUUCCAGACAGCCCUGCUGGCCAGGUUUGGCCCGCCGAUGACGCAAGUUCUCGACGGAAUUCGAGGCGGAUUAGCGACGGCAUCAUGGACCGUGUCAACAAGUUUGAGGGCAUGGGCAUUGAAGAGGCUCAAAGACCUACAACACCACCUAAUCAGAAUGGAACUAAUUACUACCCUCCCACACCGGUGGAAACUCCCCAAGGCCGUAUUUUCAAGCAAGAAGCCAGGCCAGGAAGAUUUUCUGAUGACUAUGACGAAUCAAUGGAAGAAACUAUCAAGCCCAACCGAAACAGCCGUUCUGGUCUCAGAACCCAGUCCGUCUUUGCACAUAUGAGACAGCAGGCCGAGCAAAAUGCUGGCUCGCUCAGCCCCCCAGUGACAAACAAAAUCUCCGAUGCCGAAUGCCUCAGUGGCCUCCAGAUGCAAAACUCAGACUACAUGAACAUGAAUGCUCUAAGACAAGAGUUUGUCAAGAUUGAGGACCAGAACGACGCAGCAAGACUUGAGCUCGACACCACCAACUCCCUAUCGGAUCUUUCUCAUCACACUUCUCCGGACACUCAAAAUCAUGGACAGUUUGUUGGCGCUGCCUUUGAGGGCAAACUCGACUUGCAGCACUUUGCUCGCUUGGACUCGGCUGCGCAGUCCAGAAAGUCUUCGCCUCAUCGUCGGACAGAGUCUGUGGCUUCCAUGGCCAGCGCCGCCAGCAUAGCUGACAUCAACAUUGACGAGACUCGCACUGAUACCGGCGUUACCCUGGAAGAGAUUUCUCAGUAUAUCCACAGUCCCGAAACCACGGACGGCAAGUGGAUGUGUCUCUUUGAAGACUGUGGCAAGAAGUUUGGGCGCAAGGAGAAUAUCAAGUCGCACGUCCAAACCCACCUCAAUGACCGACAGUACCAAUGCCCUACUUGCAAGAAGUGCUUUGUGCGCCAACACGAUCUCAAGAGACACGCCAAGAUCCAUACCGGCAUCAAGCCGUAUCCCUGUGAAUGCGGAAACAGCUUCGCGCGCCACGACGCCCUCACGAGACACCGGCAGCGAGGAAUGUGUAUCGGCGCUUUUGAUGGCGCUGUCCGUAAGUCAGCGAAGCGCGGCCGCCCUAGGAAACGCCCUGACCUGGAGACGAGGAGGGAGAAGUCUGCGAGAACAAGAAAGAAGAACAUGUCGAUUAGCUCCAUGUCGUCAUUUUCCGGCUACUCUGACAGCUCUGCCAUCAACUCGCCGGACAACGAGUAUAACAUGCUUGACGACAUGGUAGACUUGGAUAUUGUCAGUGCCAGAACCCACGGAAUGCCAUCCAUGUCAACGGCUCCUAUGCCUACGCUGAUACCUAGGGUGAUGAACCAAGACAUGGCCCAGUCCCCUUCAGUUGUCAGCGCACACUCUUAUGUGUCGCCAGAAGCCAUCAUGGACACGGCACCAUCGCACCCAGCAUCACCUGCAAAGAGCGGCGUCAGCCAUUACAAUACGCCGCCGCCGCCCGAGCUGUCUCAAUCGUCAUCGCCGCCACCAUGUCACUUCUUCGACUUGGCUCCCAACACGUCUUCUGGCGCCGAUCUGGCGGUCAUGUCAUCCACGAACAGCAUGAUGGGUUCUUCGGGCAUGAGCGGAACUCUGCCCAUGGGCAUGGGCGACCAGGACGACGACUUGCUGCUGCAGUUUAGCCAAGACGACAGUGGUCUUGUCCAGCUGGAUCGUGACUCAAACAUGCUCAUGCUGAGUAAGUUUGACGACGAGUUUGAGGCUGCGGUCAGCAUGUUCACCAACAACGACGACAUGUUCUUCAGCAACUCGUAA